GGGCCCGUGGCUGGGGGGGCUUCUGGCUGUCUGGGGCCCGUGCUUCCCUGACUGCCCGCACGUCCCUGUGACGGGGUGCCCCUCUCCCCCAGCACUUCAAAGUUGCGACAGUGAUUUCUCUAGGGAUUUCCUCCUGAUGGCGAAUGAAAAUUUUUAUUGGUGGACUGAAUGAGUAGUCAAGCCUGCUGCCUUACAAACGUCAGGAAGGUAGAGUUCACCUGUGAAGUGGGGAGCCAUUGCCUAGAGCUGUCAGAGCCCCUGAAAGGUUCCUGAACAGGCUGAUGGCCACUGGCUGGUGAUAUGACUGACUGCAGUUGGUCUAAAGGAUACCCCGUCGCUAAGGCUGGCUUCAUCAGUUUUCAUCCAGCGACUCCUGCGGUUCAGCUGGAAAACAAAGAAUUUCUUUGCAUCAAGCCUGCACGGAGAUAGUGACGGCAUUCUCAGAAAAGAAUAAGACAGAGAUGACCUGCUAAUCAUUGUCCAGAAUCUGGCCCCCACUUUGGCCACUGCUGCCGCCUGUUCUACAUCUCAUUCACUCAAGCGAUGGCUCCCAUGCAAGUUGGACCUGGGGCUUGUAGCCCUCCACUAGGCUGUCGCAGAGGAGGCAUGCUUGUGAACAGCCUCUCUCUGUGCUACCACAACAAGCUCGUCUUGGCCCCCAUGGUUCGGGUAGGGACGCUUCCAAUGCGGCUGCUCGCCCUGGAUUAUGGAGCAGAUAUCGUUUACUGUGAGGAGCUGAUCGACCUCAAGAUGCUUAAAUGCAAGAGAGUUGUCAAUGAGGUGCUCAGCACCGUGGACUUUGUCGCCCCCGAUGGCCGAGUUGUCUUCCGCACCUGUGCAAGAGAGCGGAACCAGGUGGUCUUCCAGUUGGGGACUUCAGACGCAGAGCGAGCCCUUGCUGUGGCCAGGCUGGUGGAAAAUGACGUGGCUGGUAUUGACGUCAAUAUGGGCUGCCCAAAGGAAUACUCCACCAAGGGAGGAAUGGGAGCUGCGCUGCUGUCCGACCCUGACAAGAUCGAGCAGAUCCUCAGCACUCUGGUUCACGGGACAAGCAGACCGGUGACCUGCAAGAUCCGAAUUCUGCCCUCGCUGGAGGACACCCUGAGCCUUGUGAAGCGGAUCGAGAAGACCGGCAUUGCCGCCAUCGCAGUUCAUGGGAGGAAACGGGAGGAGCGCCCUCAGCACCCUGUCAGUUGUGAGACCAUCAAAGCCAUAGCGGAGACCCUCUCCAUUCCUGUCAUCGCCAAUGGAGGCUCUCACGACCACAUCCAAGGGUAUCUGGACAUAGAAGACUUUCGACGAGCCACGGCAGCAUCUUCCGUGAUGGUGGCCCGCGCGGCCAUGUGGAACCCGUCCAUCUUCCUCAAGGCGGGUCUACGGCCCCUGGAGGAGGUCAUGCAUAAAUACAUCCGAUAUGCAGUACAGUAUGACAACCACUACACCAACACCAAGUACUGCUUGUGCCAGAUGCUGCGAGAACAGCUGGAGUCACCCCAGGGAAGGUUGCUCCACGCGGCCCAGUCUUCUCGGGAAAUUUGCGAAGCCUUUGGCCUUGGUGUCCUCUAUGAGGAGAGCUCGAGGGAGCAGGAUUCGCGACGGGCGGAGCUCUUGGCCGGGAUCCCAGAGGAGGCGAGGGAGCUCGGGGACGACGUCUCCGGUGUCAUUAAGAUGGCUGUCAAGUUUGACCGGAGAGCAUACCCACCCCAGAUCACCCCUAAGAUGUGCCUGCUGGAGUGGUGUCGUAGGGAGAAGUUGGCACAACCUGUGUACCAGACGGUUCAGCGCCCCCAGGACCGUCUCUUUGGUUCCGUUGUUACUGUUGCUGAGCAGAAGUACCAGUCCACCUUGUGGGACAAGUCCAAGAAACUGGCGGAACAGGCUGCAGCCAUUGUCUGUCUGCGAAGCCGGGGCCUCCCCGAGGGUCGACUGGGUGAUGAGAGCCCCUCCUUACACAAACGCAAGCGCGAGGCCCCUGACCAAGAUCCUGGGGACCCCUGCACUCAGGACCCAGCGCUGGCCGGGGAGUUGUGCAAGAAGCCCCUUGUGGCCCUGGGAAGUGGGGAAGAGAGCCUGCAGGAAGGCCGGUGACUGCUAUCCCUGCCCUGAUCGUCUCCUCCAAGGACCUGGCCCCAAGAUGGCUGUAGACACUGGAAUGUGAACGGACCAUUGAGCGGUUUGCCAGCCCUGCCUGGCAGGAGUUAGGGGUCCUGGCUGGGACAUCAGCUUGGGGUCUGAGCCCAGGAGUAGGUCACCUCUCUCCCGGUGGGCCGAGUGACGUGACGGGGCCAAGUUCUGAGUGACCUCAGUAUUCUCAUGGAAACAGUAGCUGUUCAGGUGGCACCUUCCCAGCUUAACAUCAGUGCCGUGAAAUAAAGACACCUGCCCUCACUCAUGGCUGGCAACUUCAGCCUUGGGCACUGGGGCACCCAGA